AUGUCCACCACUUUAUCCUCUAAUUCUCCCAGCCCGACCACGAUCCGCGCGGUGAAUCCUCUUCGGGCCUACAUACGAUGGCAACAGGUCGAGUACCCGAGACAACUAUGGUACUUUGUCGCCGCCGGGCUUGCGCUGCUCACUGUCUGCAACAUCGUGUACAUUAUACGCACGCGCCUUCGCAAGGCAUCGCUCAUGAGACAGCGUUCUGUGCCGCCGAACGAGGGUGGCGAGGCUGAAAAAAGUGGCAGCGCACCGGGGCCAGCGCUACGAUCGACUUUGCAGACAAGAUUCGAGGCAUUUGAGGCCGCAUUCAAGAUUAUCUCAUUCAGGUGGUCGAUUCCCGCUGGUCGGACGUUUACGCUCUCGCUCACAGAAGUCUUCUUCACGACGGGGUACCUCGCCGCAGUCUUGAUCUGGAGUUUUAUCCAUUCGCGUGGGGGCCAAAGGGCAUUCUGGGCGGAGAGAACGGCUGCAAUAGCAUCGAGGCAGGCUCCUCUUCUGACGCUUCUCUCUGGGAAGAACAACCUGGUCACUCUGCUAACUGGCCUCAGCUACGAAAAGGUUAACAUCAUGCAUCGCGCCGUUGGCCGAACUCUGUUCCUCGUCGCGCUACUUCACAGCGCAGAGAAGUUUCCUCGUCUCACUCCAAAACGAGUGGCGCGACCAAUAAACUACACUGGGAUCGCAGCGCUCCUCGCAUUUACUAUUCUUCUCUUCACGUCAUUCCGCCCGAUUCGCAACAGAGGAUUUGAAACGUUCUUAUAUCUCCACAUCUUCACUGUCAUCAUCUAUAUUGUCGCAAUGUAUUAUCACUGGCCGGAGGAUGCCAUGUACCUCUGGCUACUUAUUGGAUUCUGGGCAUUAGAUCGCAUCAUUCGUGGUAUACAAAUGAUUCGAAUCAACCGCGGUAAUCCCCAGUCGACCAAGGCGAUAGUGCAGCUUGUGGCCGAUGACUCUGUGAGACUGGUGCUACCUCAACGGCAAAUGCGAUGGAGGGCGGGACAACAUGUCUUUCUCACGCUUCCAGGCGUGUCCAAGCUCCCCUUUGAGUCUCACCCAAUGACUCUGGCGAAUAUUCCGGACACAGACGAGGACGGAAAACAGGCCAAAUCCACAGACUUGGUGUUUUACAUUCGUGCGAUGGACGGAUUUACGCGGAAGCUGUACGAAUACGCGAUCAACAACGACGGCAAGGCCGUGACCACACUGGUCGAUGGGCCAUAUGGCACGCCACCGGACGUAAACAGCUUUACCACUGUGAUAUUCAUUGCAGGGGGAUCAGGAAUCGCUUCCACGCUACCACUACUUCUGGACAUAUUAUCGAAUGUAAAACGUGGACAAUCGCCCGUGAGGCGUGUGGUAUUCGUCUGGAGUGUCAAGUCUCGAGGCGACCUCCAAUGGGCCGUGGAUAUAAUCAAAGCGACUACAGCAGGCGCACUCGGGAUACUUGACCUCGAUAUCCGAAUUCACAUCUCACGGGCUCAGGCAAACGAACAAGUUCCUUCGCUGCGUGGCUCUGUAGACAUCGCGGCCUCAUUAACUCCAAUCUCUCCAAGCGAAAAAGAGAAGCCAACACUUCCCAUCCGAUGCGCUGUCGUUGCCGGAGAGUCCGGAACCUCGACACCGGCGUUCCCGAUGGCCAUUGAUGAUAUCACAUAUGCUGGUAGACCGGAUCUACCUGCGAUUAUCGACGAAGAAAUUCGAGCAUCCAAGGGACCCGUCGCUAUCGUCGCUUGUGGACCAGGGCACAUGACGGCGACGGUGCGUCACUGCCUUUGUGCUGGAGCGGCCAGUUCGAGCACGAUUUUACGAGGGGGUGUACCCGUUUCAAUGUUCAUAGAAAACUUUGGCGCGGUUCGUUCGAGCUCUUGA